UGUAACGCUGCCUCAAAGAUUUUCCAUUCCCACUAUGAAGCUUCGUUUUCUACCAACUUCACGCGAGAAUGAUUUUAUCGAAGAAGAAUUAAAUAAAUUUUUAUGAAUUUCAUCUGUUCUAUAUUCUUUCUAUCCCAUAAACCAGGGGUGGGCAAAUAGCGGAGUUCUUUUGUGGCCCGCCAAGACAGUCAGAAAAAUCCGCCUUGAUUUCCUAUCAUUGAAUUUAUGUUUAUUGAUUUUUAUGGUACAAUUUAUACCUUUCUGAAAUGCAAAAUUAACUAAUGAAUGCAAUCAUUUGAAAAGGUGCGGCUCUCCGUUAACCUCCGCUUCCACAAAGUGGCCCCAAAACAAUUAUCCAUCCCUGUCAUAAACCUUCGUUAAUUUUGUAUUAAUCGUAAAAUCAUCGUUUACCGCCAAAAAAAAUCAAACGAGUGUUGUGCAAACAUAAGAAAAUCGUGUCGUACGGGCAACCAGCAAAACAAGCAAUGAAUUGACCGUACACCUUCGGUCAUUUCUCCUUCGUUCAUUGACAAAAUUUCAAGUGACCCCGAAUGAUUCCGAAGCACACCAAUGCCGUUGUCUCUGGUUGGAUCGUGGGCUCUUCCAUCAUCGAAUAAUCAAUGACAGUGAUUGAAAGCUUUCGAAAAUGUCUGCAUAAUAUCGCACCUCGAACGUCAUCCAGCUAGCUCAACCAUGCUCAAAGGGUGCACCGGAAGUAUCAGCGAAUGUCAAUCUUGUUGUUCAUCGUGUUGCACCCCUUCACCCUGUUCACCCACUGUUAUAUGCAGACCAUCGUGUCCCCCUCGAUGCCCCCCAAAACCAACUAGAACAACGUGCCCUAUAGCUGUUCACCUUGCUAGAGGACCAUUCUUGAGGCAGCGUGAUAACACAGUGGAUAUUAUAAUUUUGGGAAUACAUUGAACGAAGCAUCAUCGAACGUGGACUCGAAAGAACUAAUUAAAGGAACCCUGAUUGAGGAACAAGGACUACGACAAAGCGCUUAAGAUUCGAAUCAAAUUCCCAAUUAUAGUUUAUUUCAUGAAUUAGUCACGUAAUCCUGAUUAAGACUUGAUACUGGAAUCGAUUUAACACGAACGUGCCCCGAUACUAAAUUUGGACAACAUUCUAAUUAGAGUACUCUACUUAGUCAACGAUCGAAUUACGACCAAUUAAUUAUUUAAGAAGUGACCCCCACCUUGCUUGGACUUUCCUGAAUUGACGAAUUACCGAAAUGACAAAUUUAUUUUAUGUAAAUACGAUGGAUGUAUUCGACAUUUUUUUGUCACUGUCAAAUUUUUUGACCUCAUACCCGAAUUCUGAUUUAAUGGAGCUGCCUUUGCUUUGCGCUGGUACAUAUUUUCCCCCCCUGAAAAUAUGUACGAUUGCAAAGUAAAAUGGUACGAGGUGAAGUUUCCAUUUAAAUAAAAAAAAAUAGCAUAAGUACCGAUCGAACGUGAUUACGAUGAAUUUCUACAUUUCAAUAUGUUGCUCGCAAUAGAAAGCAGGUACCAUUCAAUUUUUUUUUUAGUGAUUUUUUUUAUGAAUCAAGUCACGUUUUCAAGAUUUUGGUACGAUUGCGGCAACGAAAUGACUGAUUUUGUCGUUCACGUUUGAGAUAAAAUUUCAAAUUUUAAAUAUUUAAUGAACAGUACCAUUGAUAGUGACAAAUUGAUGUUGCAACAGGGCUAAGAAUCUCGGAGAACACAUUUGUAUGUGCUUCUACAUGUAAACGAUGGAAAAUAAAAAUAGUAAAACCAUACUCAAA